AUGGAUAACCCCCCUGUGACAUCAAAUACUUACGAGGAACAGGGAGUCCAGUCUGUAGGAGGGACGAACCCUACAGACAAGCUGGUUUGUGAGGCAGCUGAAGAUGAGACUUUCUUUCUGAGAAAGGAUGUUCCUGCCCAGCAUCUGCUGAAGCUCUUGCAGAAAGAAGUAGGCAUGCCAAGCAGUACCAGCAGUGCUGUUUCCUCUGUGUCAGAGACCUCUCUGAACACAGCGUCUUCCGCUGUUGAAUCUAAGAUCACCAAAGUUAGCAAGCUUAUCAUUACUGACCGGAGCAUGGUUAAAAGUGCUGGCGGUCCAGUUGAAACACAUCUUGCUCAGCAACAGACAGCACGACCUGAGAGCGUUUCUGACCCUGACCAGUCAGGCGCGUGGUCAUCUGGGACUGCUAACGUCACCCUGGGUCCCCGCAGCACUCAGCCUGAUGAUAGCAGUGAACUGUUGCACAGGGAGCUGCUGUCUGAAGUGGAGAGACUCAGCAGCCUCGAAGCUGGAGCAGAAAACACGCCACGAAUAAACCCCACGCCACCAGAUCCGUCGGCCACCCCGGCUCUCAAAGAGAUGUCAGAGGGCAAGCCGAGUUUGGUGGGAGCAAAUCUGGGUGGCGGGCCUUGGACGGGGCCAUUUUCAGCCGGCGUGGAACGGGUCCACAGAGAGCAAGAGCUCUGGUCAUCUGGCAAUCAAACGGGGAUCGACGGGUCCUACCUGGGUUUCCUCCCACAGUCUCAGUCCACCCCGGGGGUUUUCAUGGUCCCACCCAAAUCUGGCGUCAAAGCCAAAUUAGGACAACUUUCAGCUAUAGAAUCUGAUAAAGAGAAUCAAUCCAACUCAGGAGCUGCUUCCCAGUCAGCUGUCCCCAUGACCGAUACCCGCCGCUCAGAAAUAGCCGGCAGGUGCCAAGAAGAGACUCUGCAGACGUCCGCACAAGUUCAGUCACUUCCAACCCUCAAUUAUAUGCAGAAAGUAGAUGCUUGGAGGGCAAAUCAGAGUCCCAGGGGCCCUCCGUUGUUUGACAGCCUUACACUUCAAGGAUUUUCCAGCAUGCCCCCAAAAAAGAAAGCUUUUGAUGCCCCAUCUGACACUCGGAAUCGUGUCCUUACUCAGCACUCGCAGCAGCCUCCAGUUUUAGGUGCUUCCAAUCCAAACAUCGACCAGGGCUCCUCCACAGCAGCCGCUGGCUCCUCUUCUUCUAAAAGAGGAGAGGCAGUGGGAGGUGGUCCGUGCGACAAGCCCGACAGGGGCCCUGCACCAUCGCCAGCCCGUGGCUCGUCGUUUGGAAAGUCACAGUCAGUCUCCUCCCUCAGUACAGUGGUCGCCUCGGCCCGCCAACAUCAGCAGACCGUAACCCCUCCAGAGCCACAAGAGGCUGCGAGUCAGGAGAGAGCGCCUCCCCAUCCCGGAGCCAAGCCCUCACCUCUGACAGGCCUCGGCCACUUCAGCGACACGUCUCACGAUCAAGACGUGACUCCUUCAAGCUCCCAAGACAGUUACAGUGGAGUCAAGGUUGGGCUUUCGGUGGGAGCUUCUUCGGUCGUCAGCCUGGAGCUGGAUCAUUACACCCCUAACUGGCCAACAAAACCCCCAGCACUCCCACCAGAUCUCAACAUUGAUGAACGAAUUCCGUGUCAUAAACGUGCUCUGUUUUUGUUUUUCCUGCAGUUGUAUCUGCGGAAUUUGGGCAUAGACCAGUCUCCUUCUUCCAUCCUGACUCCAUUUGCUCCUAGAGGACCUAUCCGAGAGCCUGAAUUCUCUCCCACUGAUUUCUGCACGGUCAAAGGAUCUACUGGAACCCCCACAAAGAGCACUCAGCCCUCCGAGGGUAUUGAACUCUAA